AUGCUUGCGCACCCCGUUCCUGGCGCGCCCAUCAGCAUUGUCGUAGAUGCUUCGGAUUUUGCCAUUGGAGGUGCUUUGCAACAACGCGUGAAUAAUGCAUGGCAACCUUUAGCUUUUUACACCAAGUUUUUAACGCAGACCGAACGAAAAUAUAUGGUGGAAGGUAGGAACUUUACAAUUUUUACGGACCAUAAGCCUAUUACUUACGCUUUCCAGCAGAAUUUAGAUAAAUGUUCACCACGUCAAUUUAGAUAUCUGGAUUACAUUUCGCAAUUCACUACUGAUAUUAGGCAUAUUAAAGAUUCCGAAAAUUGUGUUGCCGAUGCUUUGUCUCGCGUCGAAGCAAUCGCCUCAUCCGUCGAUCACGAUUCUCUCGCUUCUGCUCAGAAAAGCGAUCUCGAGUUGCGCGAAUUGCUCUCAUCCAAAAUUUCGUCAUUGAAACUGAAAAAGGUUUAUUUUCCGGAUUACAACGUGCAUUUAUAUUGUGAUACGACAAGCGACGUCGUACGACCAUAUGUGCCCUUACCUUUACGUCGUGCCGUUUUUAACUCACUACAUUGCCUUUCGCACCCUGGCACACGCGCAUCUCAACAACUGGUAACUUCGCGUUUCGUUUGGCCUAAUAUUAACAAAAAUUGGUUCCGUUAUUGUCUAACAUGCGUCGAUCGUUUUUCUCGCUGGCCUGAAGUAGUCCCUCUUAGCGACAUGGAAGCUAACACCGUUGCUAAAGCUUUACUCUCGACUUGGAUUGCUCGAUUCGGCGUGCCCGCGCGUAUAACUACCGACCAAGGCCGUCAAUUCGAAUCAGCUCUUUUUGCAGAAUUAUGUAAUUUGUUAGGUACAAAGCGAAUUCGGUCGACAAGUUACCAUCCACAAGCAAACGGCCAAGUAGAAAGAGUGCACAGGCAACUUAAAGCAGCAAUAAGAUGUCACGACGGUAACGAUUGGGUAUCCAUACUACCUGUAGUGCUUUUAGGUAUGCGUAGUGCAUUAAAGGAGGAUCUCGGAGCGACGGCGGCCGAACUUAAUUUAGCCACUACUUCUUAUGUCUUUUUGCGCUACGACGCCGUACGAGGUCCAUCCGACCCUCCGUACGACGGGCCUUAUAAAGUCCUCGAACGUAACGACAAAUCUUUCGUUAUCGAUAUAAACGAUAAAAAGGUUCGCGUUUCUAUCGACAAACUCAAGCCCGCAUUCAUUGUAUCCGACGACAUCGAAAACAAUGUAAAUAAUAAAUGUAAUCGUGAACGUUACGACGAAGUGGACUACGAUAUCACAGUACAACGUAAUGAUGAUAAAGUUACGCCUCCGAUUCGAGUCGUUCCUCCACCUGUUAAUGCCGAGCAGCAUAACAUCAAUUGUAAUAACAACGAAGCGCCUGUCAAUGUCCAACAGCCAUGUCUCGUUAACAAUAACCGCUUUACCACUCGUUCUGGACGAAAUGUUCAUUUUCCAGACCGUUACCAAGCUGGUUUUUUAUAG